CGCUCUAAUGGGAGCAAUAACGUUAACUUUUAACAAUAUUGUAAAUAUAUAAAAAAAAAAAUAGAGCUUAAAAACUGCAUAUUAUAUCUAAAAAAAAAUCCCUCAUGAUUUUACCUGUUAAUAAAAACUGAAUAUUGUAACAGCGUCUCCGCUGCUUGUGUACUUUUGUUGUAAGACUCCGUUAGAGGUUCUUUCCCUUGUAUUGACAUUUAAAAUGGCGGCGCAGGACGAGAAGGAGUCUCUCCUCCAGGAAGAGACAGGUGCAGAGAUGCUGAAAGGCAGCGAGGGAAAAAUAGAGAGCACCAAAAAGAAAGAGUCGGAACUGGUUCUGUAUCACUGGACCCAGUCAUUUAGUUCACAGAAGGUGAGGCUGGCCAUAGCUGAGAAGGGUUUGCAGUGUAAGGAGUAUGAUGUGAGCUUGCCUCUGAGUGAACACAAUGAGCCAUGGUUCAUGCGUCUAAACCCAGCCGGCGAGGUUCCUGUUCUGGUGCAUGAUGAUCGUGUCAUCUGUGACCCAAUUCAGAUCAUGGAUUACUUAGAGGAAACUUUCAGUGAUGAGAAAACUCCAAAGCUGAUUCCAGAGACAGGGAGUACAUAUUAUCACAGAGUGCAGCAUUAUCGUGAGCUGCUGGACUCACUGCCCAUGGAUGCUUACACACAUGGCUGCAUUCUCCAUCCUGAGCUCACUGUGGACUCUCAUAUCCCGGCCUACGCCAACACACGCAUCCGCGCGCAAAUCGGGAACACGGAAUCUGAGCUGAAGAAACUGGCAGAAGAAAACCCAGAGCUUAAAGAUGCUUAUAUCUCAAAACAGAGGCGCCUAAAAACAAAGCUGUUUGAUCACGACAAUGUGAAAUAUCUGAAGAAGAUUCUGGAUGAGCUGGAGAAAGUUAUGGAUCAGGUGGAGACCGAGCUGCAGAGGAGAGCAGAGGAGACACCAGAUGAAGGAACUCAGCAGUCGUGGCUGUGCGGCGAGUUUUUCAGCAUGGCCGAUGUUUCUCUCGCCGUCACGCUCCAUCGGCUCAAGUUCCUCGGCCUCUCGCGUCGUUACUGGGGCAACGGCACGCGGCUCAACCUGGAGUCAUACUACGAGCGCGUCCUGGAGCGCCCUACAUUCCGCAGGGUCCUCGGACACGUCAACAACAUCCUCAUAUCAGCCGUGUUACCAACUGCUUUCAGAGUGGCCAGGAAAAGAGCACCCACCUUCAUAGGCACCACAGUGUUAAUUGGAUUAUUAGGAGGUGCAACUUAUUUUGCUUUUCUUUAUUUUAAAAAGCGCCUGCUUGUGUCCUGAAGUAGCCAUAGUCAUUUUCAUGGCCUCAUCUUUUUUUUUUUUAUUAUUUUUUUUUUUUUUUUACAUUUAGUAAAGCCUAUGCAUAUAUACUGUAAUUUCUGGACUAGAGGAGAUGGGUUGAGGGAUUGUACAGCAAAAUGAUGUGUAUGUGACAUUAUUAUGAUUGUAAUAUUCAUUUGUUAAUCAUAAAUAUUCUCAUUGAGAUACUCACCAUAUACUUGAAUUAAUUUUCACAAUUUUCAAAGAUUUUACAAAAUGUGACAGAAUCUAUCAAUUUAGUGUUUUUAGUGUUUUUCUCCCUAACACAAUACUUUUUUCAGUUUCUGAUGACAUGCUGGUGAACUGUUAAGGGUUAACCAUGCUAUUUAAAAAUGGUUCUCAAAGCUAACAAGCUGAAAAAGAAAAAUCAUUACUUAGAAAUGUGUUGUAGCACUUGGGCAAAACCUGACAUAUUGAGAUAAUGUAAAAAGUUAGCUACUAAAUAGUAAAAUGGUAUAAAGUAUCACCUAGCCCAGGCUCAACUAAACUUGUUCAUAUAACUUGUCUAAUUUAGUAUGCUCCAUGUUUGCAGAGAUCAUUGGUUGGCUAACUUAGCUAGCUAGCGAAAUUGGUAGUAACCUUGUGUUAGCAGGAGGUUUUUACUUUCAUACAAGUGAGUGUGAGUCAGAUUUGAAGCUCAGAUAAAGAUCAGGCCUUAGGAACAGCCUGGUGAGGGUCACAGUCUUCUAAAUUAAGCUACUAGUUUGUUUAUAUUUUGGGAAAUAGACCCCACUAAAUUAUAAAUAUGAUACCAAAGACGGAAUUAAAAACAGUCCCACACACGUGUCUCGAGUGAUAUAGCUGAGGUUGAGGAACUGUCAGAGCUAGAAUUCGCCCAUUCCCAUGUUAAUGAGGUUUUUAUUAUAGCACUGCCACACAAGCAUUUUCAGUACUUUGUGACUUAUUCAUCAAAGCAAGUGUGUGUGUGUUUAUGUCAAUGAGAUCAUUUGCGUCUCAGGAUUGUUUUAUUGUCCAGAAAAUACAGUCAUUGUGAAAAUAUAUGCACAUUAAGCACUUUUUAAAAUCAUAAGUUAUGUGUAGAAUGUGAUAAACACCCUCUUUAUUCUGUCCUGAAUUUUCCUCAGUGACUAAUGCGCAUUACACUAGUGAGCAUGUGCUGGUAAUCGGCUGUACCCUUACAAUAAAUAUGAUUUGUCAUUGUGCACAUUUCAAAAUAAUGUCACAAAACAUGUAUUAUGUUUGGUUUUAGAUUUUUUAUUCAGAAAGUGUGACAGAAACUUAGGCAGUUCUCAUGGUUUGAAAAUGUAAUAUCAGCACAUUCCUGUUCAGUAUCACAUACAUGGGAGGUUGUUGCAUCUCAUGACUGGUUUAUUUAGUGAAGCUGUGUAUUUAAUUAGGCUUGCAUUCUGUACCAGGAAACAGUGAACAUCCUAGUCAGAUAAAACACUUGGCUUUUCUUUAACUGUGUUGAAUAGAAGUGUUUGAAAACUGUCCUAUACUAUAAUAAAAUAACUCAGUAUGGCAAUGCACUGUGUUUAUAUGCAGAGAUUUUUAUUGAUAUAUACAGUGGAUAUACACACCCCAUUUAAAAUUGUAGGUUUAUGUGAUGUAAAAAAUGAAACCAACAUAAAUCAUGUCAGAUCUUUUUCUCCAUGAUGGCCUUGACUGUGUUCCAUGGUACAUCUAAUGUUUUGGAAAUUAUUUCGUACCCCUGUCCUGAUCCAUACCUAGACGAAACCAAGAAGAUGUCAGGAACAUCCUAUAGAAACAGCUGAUCUUUAUUUAAGGUUAAUCAGAAACAGGUCUAUGAUAAUUACUUUUGAACAUGAGUUUGGAUGUGGUUAAUUCUGAACACAGUAACAUGCCCCAUUACAAAAUGGUGUGCACACUUAUGCAACCAGGUUAUUUUUAUUUUUUUUUAUUUUUUAUGUUUUCCCCAGAAAUCUUU